CAGUAAGUUAGUUGCUUCAUAAGCUGUCGGAGGGGACAGCCGUGCUCUCUAGACGUGAAAAAUAUUUAGUUUCCUUCCACGAUAUUAUUACCUACGUGAUGUUUAAAAAGUUUUGUUAAUAAUAUAACAAAUAGUUAAUUUCUCUACCUACUGCCGGGAGAGCUGAUAAUAAAAAAUGACUUCGACGGCGUUGAUGGGUACCUUCUACCUAAUAUCUCUUCUAGUCAUAUCCGAGCAUGUUCUAUGCGACGAUGAUCCGAUUGGAACUCCGACAAUAACAUCGCAGAGUGUUGAAAAAGAUGAAAUAGCGAAUUCAGUCAAUAGCCUUGGUUUUAACUUGGUGACUAAGCUGUUAGAAGAUAAUGAUGACAAGAAUAUUAUAAUUUCACCAACUGGUAUUGCUGGUUUACUGUCAAUGGCAUUGUUGGGUAGUGUCGGUAAAUCAUACGACGAACUGGCUAAUAUCCUCGGAUUUUCCCAAGAUGUAAAAAUUAAUCGAGCAAACCACGAACUUUUCGGAGAGCUGCUAACGGAGUUAAACGACAACACAACAUCAACGAAGACGAUGUUCGCCGAUGCGAUUUUUGUCGACUACCAUUCAAAACUCCGUGAAGAAUACCGUUCUUAUUUGGAAAGAGUGUACAAAGGCGAAGCUCAGAAGGUCGACUUCACGGAAACGGAAAAAGUGAAAACUAUGAUAAAUGAAUGGGUGAGUAACCAGACGAGCGGAAAAAUAUCAAACUUUUUGAAGGAGCCACUUCCAGUUGACACUAAGGCUGCUUUGCUCAGUGCAAUGUACUUUAGUGGUCAGUGGGAACAUCCAUUCCUCCCUGAGUACACUUCCUAUUUGGAGUUUAAGAAGCCUAACGAAACGAUAAGAGCCGAACAAAUGUUGAAUUAUGGGAUGUUUGAAUAUAUUUACUCCCUAGAAGACGAACUCCAAAUGAUUGCACUACCUUACAACGACAGUACCACAAAGAUGUAUGUCAUAAAACCUCGCAAGCCAGAUAACAUGACCCUUGUCGAGUUAAUUAAGAGUUUAAGCUACACUACAAUCAAUAAUUUGAUUGACCGACUCACUAGCAAAGUAUGCAUUAUCAGAUUUCCCAAAAUGGAUUUAACGUACAAUGCUAAUUUAGCAGACCCAUUCAAAUCACUGGGUCUACAGUCACUAUUCAACCCCGAGCAAGCGAACUUUGCUUUGAUGAUAGACAGUAAAAAUGUAAAUAAAACCGAAGAAGAGUUGAUCACGAGAAUAAAUGACGAUGAAACAUUGGAAACGAAGAAUUUAAGAGAAAUUAUUGAUGCUCUACCGAACCCAGGCGUACAUAUAGAUAAAAUCAUACACGACGUCAAAAUUACCAUUAAUGAAUAUGGUACAGAGGCUGUGGCAGCGACGGGCGCGUUCUUGGCCAGGACGGCUGAGCAAUUCUAUGCAAAUACACCAUUUUUCAUGUUCAUCAGAAAUGAGAAGACUAAACUUGUCACAUUCAGCGCUGCUAUAUUUGACCCACUUAGUUGAAAUUGUGUUUGUGUAAAAACUGUAUAAUUAUGCAAUAUUAAUUAUCAUAGGAAUAUCAAGAAAAAAAAUAUCAAAGCAGCUUUUAACUUUCUAAAUAUUUUUUUUACAACUUUAAUGUAUUAUGUGAAAUAUACAUAGCUAUUAUGAUAUUGAAAUGUGCAUUUUCUUAUACCAGUUUACUUAGAAUGAUAAGAAUCUUAUGAGCUUAACAUAACUAAAAUU